GUAGGGGAAAAAACUACCAAGACGUCCCUUGCCUCGUCAUGUUGUCAAUGUAGCACACAUAUCCAGCAUGACGACACUCACCACUUCGGCUGGGUGCACGAUCACGAGAAGAGGCAGCUGAGGGAGGCGCGUCACUCACCCGGGGUAGGGGGGCUCCUGUUCCAUCGGCGCUUCAGUCUCGCCUCGCUCAGCAGCGGGGAGACUUGAGCUCCGGGAGGCGAAGGCGAAACCAUUCAUAGGAUCGUCUGGUUUAAGAGGUGAACGGGUGGACAGAAUAGGGCCGAAAAUGUGGAUAAAAUAAAGUCAUCCCGGGUGACUGCUUGGCCGGGAUUGUUGGGGGCUUUAUGUAACGGAGCUUUGUUGGAGGGAUUGCUGGGUUGCUGGUUCCGAGCGCUUUAAUCACAGCCUGGAAUAUCAGGUAGCAUAAAGACACAGAAGACAGAGAUUUGUCCACUCACAGCAUGAUCAGUAAGGACACUGUCUUCAAUUACAAGUGAGUACAUCACGAUGACUGAGGGCCAAGGGCCAGGAGGAGGAUUCACCACAGUCAAGGCCGAUGUCAUCCUCCAUGCGGCCAACCUCAUUGCAAGCACUGGCAAGACUGAGGAUUUACAUCCAGGUUUUGUCCAAGGGCUAUUGGGAGACGACCCGGACUUCAAGGUCCCCACCGUGUUUGAAAGAGAAUACCUGCUGGAUGGAAGACUGAUCACCGAAGAUAGCCAUAACGAUUGUCAAAAAGGUAACGGCUCAUACAUGGCCAGUGCAAAUGAGCUUAAUCUCUACAAAGAAAAGAGCGAGGUGGACUUCCCGCCUCAUGCCGACUCUAGCGUGCCGUGCAUGCAAUCAAACUGUGCCACCAAUCAAAUCCCCAAUGGCGCAAGAGCAAAAGAGUCACGCUUUGCCGAUUCUAAAUCAGAAACAGAUCAAUCAGACUUGCCAUGCAACCCUGAGGGCAGGGCAGUUAUGGUCGAUUCAUUGUCUGGUAGAACUGAGCCUGAUUUAGUCAUUGAAGUCGGCGGUCGAACAAUCAACGCUCACAAGUCAGUCCUGGCUGAAAGGAGCGACUACUUCAAAGCCCGACUUUCACGAAACAUCUUGAAAGUGAAGGGCAUGAGUUACAAGACUUUGUCUACUCUAAUCGACUAUGUAUACACUUCCCAGAUGAGUGUUUCUAAAGACAAUGUUGUAGAUGUCAUUACAGGGGCUAAAAUCCUCCAGAUCCCUUGCGCCGUCCAAGCAGCCAUGGACCGCAUGACAGAACAAAUCACUGCGGGGAACUGCUACGAGAUUUUGACUAUCGCCAAAAAGCAGCGACUUAGUGAACUGAAGGAGACCGCCUACGGGUUCAUGAGUGACAACUUCCUACAGAUCCUCAAGGACCCUUCCGUGUAUGGGCGUCUAACUGGAUCCGAGCGCGACCUCGUUCUGAAGAAGAGAAUGGAUGGGAGGAAGACUCUCAUGGCUGCGGAGAUCAAUGAUGUGUUUGAACGCGUUGGGAGCCGACCGCCGAGCCGCUGCGGGAGCCGUCCUCAGAGCCCUUUGUCCGUGGGAUCUUUGGAGGAGAGUCACAACAUCUAUUCUUUCAGCGAAGUGGCCAACGACUGGAAAGCUUUGACGGCCAUGCCUGAGGACGUCAACACUAAAGGCUGUGGAAUCUGCACAAUGUACAACUACCUGUUUGUCGCAGGUGGAAUAAAAGGUUAUGGAGACAAGGGGAGGGUAUCAGACAAGGUGUUCUGUUACAACCCCAAAACGAACCAGUGGGGAGAAGUCCGACCCAUGACACAGGCUCGUGCCCAGCUGAAGCUUGUCUCCAUGGAUGGGUACCUGUAUGCCAUUGGAGGGGAGUGUUUGUUUACCGUAGAAAAAUAUGACCCUCGUAUGGACCGCUGGACGGCGGUGGCCCCUUUGCCGAAGGGAGCCUUCGCUGUAGCUCACGAGGCCACAACCUGCAACGGUGAGCUUUACGUGUCUGGCGGCUCGCUCUUCUACCGCCUUCUCAAGUACGACACCAAGAGGGAUGAGUGGCAGGAGUGCCCGUACAACAACAGCAGAAAGAAGUCGACCGAUAUGGUGGCGCUGAAGAGCUUCAUCUAUCGCUUUGAUGUGACCCGAGAGCAGGGGAUCAAUGUGUUCAAAUACAACAGCAUAGUGAAAAUGUGGCACGAUUGUGCUUCGCAAAGGCUUGGCAGCUCAUUGCCGUUUAGGUGCGCUGUCGUCGGCAACUGCAUCUACUGUGUGAACAAAAGCCAAACUCUUCAGUUCAUGGUAGAGGAAGAGAACGCCUUCUUUGUGGAGGAGCCGCUGAGGGCGCCUCUCGAAGCCAAAGGCGUUCUCUUCCCUUUUGUGCUUACUUUGCCUGAAAAGCCUGAGAAAGUUUCGCCCAGGUGCGAUUUAGUGUUACAAAACUAGAAAGCAGACCACCGUAUUCACCGUCUCAUGAGUGUCAACUGUCUGUAUCAGUGUGUCAUUGCCUGUGUUGCAACCGAAUGUGUGUUUUGCAUGGCAAUUUAAUGUUUAUACAGAGGCAAGCCUUAAAAAGGGAACUUUCAGUAUUGAGUGAAUGCAGCAAUAUUUGUAUGAUGAAAGUGACAGUCGGCUAGUACUCCUAGCUAGUGUUGUUUACCGCACUUUUGGUUUUGGAUCAUAUAUUAUCUACACUAUGUGGACUUAUUGACUUUUUUUGCUAAAUGAGCUGAUGAAUGCUUGAUGUGGCUUCUAUGCAAAUGAAACCGCUGUAGGGCUUAACUAUUGAUGACUGGAAUAUCAUUGAAAUUGAUACAUAGCAGUAUUUCACACAAUGUGAUUGGGACAAGGUCACAAUUGCCACCUACUGUAUUCUGUAACCACAGUCAUUGGUCGCAAAUUCAUAGUGUCACAAUAUCAACAGUGGCAAAAGCUACUAUAAAGCACACAGAUACUAAGUAUUUAAAAAAAUGAUCGUUAAAAGUUAACCUUUUUGCCAUUAUCAUUCACGAUCGCAAUUAUUUAAAGACCAUAGAUCAGGGGUGGGUAAAUUAUUCCACUGAGGGUGGGUGCGGGUUUUCGUUGCAACCCAUCAAGAGGACACCAUUUUACCAAUCUAGUAUUUUACAACCGCAAUCCAUUGAUUGCAGUCAGGUACCUCUUGUUUACCCGGACCUCUCGUUGGCUAAACUACCUGUGCUCGAUCGGCUCGAAGACCAGGACCUACUGCGGCCUUUGAGGGCCAGUUUGCCCACCCCUGCAAUAGGUGAAACACUCCAAAUGCUGGAGCUGAUUUUCAUAGACAAGAACAUCGAGCCAUCCUUUUUCAAAAGUAUUUGUCCUCAUUUGGAUCAAGGAGAGUCAGUUUUAAUGCGUAUAAAGUGUACCCAUGCUAUCUGCUGGAGGAUAGUCAACAAAGCCUACUAUUGAUACCGAACAUUUUUAAAAUCCGUGAAUAAUUGACGAUUGGAACAAAUGACCAAAAGGGGGUUGUAAUAGCAAUUAGAGCUCUUAAAAGCAACAACUUGCUUCAAGCAUGUAAUAAGAUGUUAAAUAUUGGAGCAAACAGCAUAAUUAAUAACAAAUAAAAGCUUCACAAGCCUCACCUUUUUGCACACAGUCAGUGUUAGUGAAUACACUAAAUAGCAGCAGCAGAAAUGUAGGCUACACAGGCUUUUUUCAUAGCCCCAGUGGGAGGGAAACAAACACAAGCUAUCACUUUUAUUCUAGACUCUGCAUGAGGUACACUCAUGGACGGCCAACAAAACUCAACUCAUCUCAAACUCAGUCGGAAACCACCCCCACAACCAAUAGAUUAAAUCUGACAAAGAUACAGAUAUUCUACCAGAUGGCCCCAAAGUAAUUUUGGAAUUGUUUUGGCCUGAGCACAGAAACAGCAAUCCUCUAAGAAAAACUCGCAAGAAUGCAAAUCAGCAAUUGCCAAACCGCGACUAGGCAAGGUUCACUUUACCGUAUAAAUCAGGCGAAUGGAAUUCAUUGUCGUUCAAACUCAGAGGCAACAUACCAUCUUAAUAGAUGGCUAGUGGAUCUGACCAGUAAAUGCUUAGUUUAAUUAUAAAAUGAAUCUCUUAUGUUUUCUUUUUAAGCAAACAUCUUGCGUACUUAAUAAGCAUAUGUUAAAGCACUUAUACUUACACAUUUGCCAAAGAUGAUGAAUUAUCUGUUAAUUCAGGUGAACAAGUGACAAAUAUUUGCCCAUUUUGGGUGAGGCUCAUUUAAAGCAUUUUUAAGUAUGUUUUUAGAGUAACGUGAUGGCUGCUAACAAGUUUUUUCAGGGAUGUUUUAAAAAGCUGGAAAGUCUGGAAAAAAAAACCGAUCACAGAGCCAUGUUCAUCUGUGAUUCUCAAAGAUCAAAUCCGAUGCCACAUUGCUUCAGUCAGUCUGUUGCUCAUUGUCUUGUGUGUCUGGCUCUCAAAUGACACACUAUCGUCUACAUGCAUAAUAUAUGUUAUUUUGAGAAUUGUCUUAAAAAAUAUAUUUCCUGCUGCAAAAGCACAAUGUGAGUUUAAUAUGGAAGCUUGUUUAUUCCUGAUUUAAAAAAAAAAAAUGCUAAUGCGCUUGUGUUCAAAGCAGUAAAUGUAUGUCGGACAAACUGGAUGUGCUUUUAUGACUUUACCUGGCAAUCCUUUCCAUUUUUGUGGUUGGUACCCCACCCUCUCCCCCUUCAGUAUGGAUAUGAUGGAGUUGCUUUUGCUGCUGUGAUGACAGAUCAGUGCUGUAAUGCCAGGUUAAUAAAUGUAAAGGUUUUAGAACGGAAUACCUUUUUAGCCGUUUGAUGUUUCUGGGUUCAAACAAAGGGCGUCGAAUAAAACUGGUGUUUGGAAAUGUU